AUGAUUUUACAGAUGCAAAUCUUCGUGAAAACCCUCACUGGAAAGACCAUCACUCUCGAGGUUGAGAGUUCCGACACCAUCGACAACGUUAAGGCUAAGAUCCAGGACAAGGAAGGAAUUCCCCCGGACCAGCAAAACAUCAUCUUCGCCGGAAAGCAACUCGAGGACGGUCGUACCCUAGCUGACUACAACAUCCAGAAGGAAAGCACCCUUCACCUUGUCCUCUGUCUACGUGGUGGCAUGCAGAUCUUCGUUAAGACCCUCACCGGCAAGACCACCACCCUUGAGGUCGAAAGCUCCGACACCAUCGACAACGUCAAAGCCAAGAUCCAGGAUAAGGAAGGAAUUCCCCUGGACCAGCAGAGGUUGAUCUUCGCCGGAAAGCAGCUCGAGGACGGCCGCACCCUUGCUGAUUACAACAUCCAGAAGGAGUCUACCCUUCAUCUUGUCCUCCGUCUACGUGGUGGUAUGCAGAUCUUUAUCAAGACCCUUACCGGAAAGACCAUCCCCCUUGAGGUGUAAAGCUCUGACACCAUUGACAAUGUCAAGGCCAAGAUCCAGGACAAGGAAGGAAUUCACAUAGACCAGCAGAGGCUUAUCUUCGCCGGAAAGCAGUUGGAAGACGAAAGAACCCUAGCUGAUUACAACAUUCAGAAGGAAAGCACUCUUCACCUUGUGUUACAAUCUCCCCCUAUAAAUACACCUCUAAACUUCCUCAUUUCCUCACACCAACUCACAUUCUCACUCUCCUCCUGA